CUGGGCACCCAUCUGGUGGUCACGUUUCUCAUGAACUGAAUGGAACCCCUUGCUUUUCUUGCAGUUGAUUAUGGAAGAGGUGCACAAGAGCAGCAGUACCAGUUCAGUGUCGCCUUCACAAACGUCAGCUGUACAAGAUGUCUCUAAGAGGUCCUGCACCCCUGACAGUCGUUCAGCUUCCUGGAGAGCAAGUCCAGGUCCAGGGAGUCAUUCAGACAGCUCAGUCCUCUUCUGUAAUCCACUCACCUCAGGUGCAAACCGUGCAGGUCUCUUCUUUGUCUGAGAGUGAAGAUUCUCAGGAUUCAUCAGAUAGCAUAGGCUCCUCACAGAAAGCUCGAGGCAUCUUAGCUCGCCGUCCUUCCUACCGGAAAAUCCUGAAGGAUCUUUCUUCUGAAGAUACACGUGACAGAAAAGGAGAUGAGGAGAGUCCUGGUGUCUCUACUGUUACAUCUAUGUCCGUUCCCACACCCAUCUACCAGACAAGCACUGGGCAGUACAUUGCCAUUGCUGCCAAUGGCUUGCAGCUGGCCAGCCCGGGCGCUGACGGCGUGCAGGGUCUGCAGACACUGACGAUGGCCAACGCUGGUGGUGCUCAGCCUGGCACGACGAUCCUGCAGUAUGCCCAGACAUCGGAUGGGCAACAGAUCCUUGUCCCCAGCAACCAGGUGGUGGUGCAGACUGCCUCAGGGGACAUGCAGACCUACCAGAUCCGCACCACCCCGACCACCACCUCCCUGCCCCAGACCGUGGUGAUGACAUCUCCUGUCACCCUGACGUCGCAGACGAGUAAGACGGAUGACCCACAGUUGAAACGAGAGAUACGGCUGAUGAAGAACAGAGAAGCUGCUCGAGAAUGCCGUAGAAAGAAGAAGGAGUACGUGAAAUGCCUGGAAAAUCGAGUUGCGGUCCUGGAAAACCAGAACAAAACUCUCAUUGAAGAGUUAAAAACUUUGAAAGAUCUUUACUGUCAUAAAAGCGUGUAAGAAAAGGAGGUGAAACUUUGGACUCUUUACAUUUCAGAGGAGAAAUUCUUUUUUUUUUAUACGGGAUUUUUUAACCUCUAGACGAAAGGUCAAAAAUUGAAACUUUUCUACCUAGAUUUCACAGCUUCAAGACUCUGGAGAUUUUAUUUGGUGACAAAGUACAAGAAAGGAAACAGGAAAACCUCACCCAAAAUCCCUGCUGGCACAACUGGAAACGUUCUGAAGUCACGAUUGCACCGACAGUAAAGGACGGUCCCGUUUUACAGGGCAGGCGGGUAGAGUUCCUUCCCGUACCUCUUGUAACGGAGGCAGUAGUUGGUUACAGUGGAUGACGUGGAAUCCUUGCCAUAGUGGACAUUAGUAGGAACAUUUAUAACCAGUUUAUGUUUUGAUUUCUUACUCUUUUAUUCUUUCCCAGUUCUUUUGCUUUCAGUUCUUUGUAUGUAAAUAGGUUUGGUUGAAGCUGGCGGUUGUUCGUUACGGGCGCAGACGCUAACCAGGAGCUCCUGCUUCGCUCGAGGUAUCAAUCACGUUUCCUCUUUCUCAGCUGAGUUACAAAAGUUGGGGUUUUCUUUUCAACCUUUGCUGUGUUGAUCGCAUUUGGGAAGGAGCUGCAGCAAGCAGCCAGAGGCCGAGUCCUGACCAUGUCCGAGGCAUGUGAAAGGUGUUGGCUUGCCCUAAGAGGACUCAACGCAUCCAGUUAUUCCCUAGUGCAGCGUGGAAGAGCAAGUACUGGUGAAGAAGAGCUGAAGAAUGAUUUCACAAUAGGUUGCUCUUAGUUGCUGGGCAUGGGAAACACCUAGAAUUGAGAAACAACCACGUGCUGCCUAUAAACACAAUGAAACACUCGUUGCUGCUUCUGCCUGGAGGCUCUUCUGUGCUUUGGGACGUUGAAACCAAAUGCUAAAACACACAAGUGGAAGAUGUAUACCAAAGGGUUACUGAGGUUCUAAUAUAGGGUUUCUAUGCUGAAAGCAGUGCAACAUUGCCGGGCUGAUUUUGUAAGGUAGGUGAUAUUUUGCAAAGCAAUGGUAUCUUUGUAAGCAAAUACUUUAUUGCAAACAGGUAGAUGGGUGGUAUAUUUUGUAGCUAAAUUGUGAUCUUUCCAGAUGCUGAAAUUGAGUUUAUAUACGUAUUUUGACAGUUUCUAUAUUUCAUUUUAGUAAGCAAAUGAAAUAUUUUGUGAAGAAGCAGAUUUUCGAGCAUAUAUUUUUAUGGAUAGUACAAAGUCAAAGGAGAUCCUCUUUGGUGUAGGAGAUAUUUGAAUUAAUUUUGUAUGUCUGUAGGCAA